GACAGCAGACUCGCAGAGAACCGUCUUGGGGGUGACGACGCGUUUUCAAGCGAAAAAGAAACAAAAUUUCGGAAACUUUAAAUUGAAUUUGAGAAUAAACGAUUGUUGGAAUUUAGGAGGCCUUGUUUACUUCGCAACGAGGUCUUUCAAGUCGUAACUAAAGUGUUUUUAAAUUUCGCGCCGUUGACUCGCCUAGCUGGAUUAGCAGUUAGCAGCUUGUGUGAAAUCUUCAAAUAUUUGUUUUUAAAAUUAAUGUUUAAAAUGCAGAUAACUGACGUCGGAAACAAAGAGGAGGGGAAAGUUUGGCAACGAAAACCAGCGCCUGGCAACAGUGUGUUGGUGUCUGUGGUCCGCACUGUCCAGCAGGCCAAGACGGUGCAUUUCCUCCAUGUGGCCUUUGACACCACCGGAGGGUCCUUCCUGGCUGGAGAUCACCACGGCAACAUCUAUGUAUUUGAUAUCACAAGAAACAGGUUUCGUCUGGUGCAGAAGACAGGUCAAGCCUGCACUGCUCUGGCAUUCAGCCUGCACAGACCCACACAGUUCCUUGUAGCUUUGGCUGAUUACUCAAUUAAAUGUUUUGACACAGACACAAAGCAGCUGGUGAGUUUGAUGCGAGGUCACGACGGAGCAGUUCCAUCUAUCUCUAUGCACAGUUCAGGUCGCUGUGCCAUCACCACCUCUUCAGACACGGCCCAGGUCUGGGACCUGGACACCUUCCAAAGGAAGAGAAAGCUCAGCGUCAAACAGUCUGUUGGCAUACAGAAGGUGUUUUUCCUGCCUCUGAGUAACACGAUCCUCAGCUGUUUCAGCGACAAUUCUAUCUUUGCUUGGGAAAGCGACACACUGAUCUGCAAAUAUCAGCUCCCUGUGCCUGAACACGGACCCAGAAUCUGCUACAAAGCCUUUGCUGUCACCUGUGAUGGUAAGAACCUUGCUGCAGGUGGGCGUUCCAACCUGGUGCAGUUGUGGUGUCUGGACACCAAAAAGCUGAUCAGGGUGGUCCAGAUGCCCACGGAGGUGCGAACCGUCAGACAGCUGGACUUCCUGCCUGACAGUUUUGAUGGAGGAGCCAACCAGAUGCUGGGUGCGUUGAGCCAGGACGGCGUCAUGCGUUUCAUCAACGUUCACACCUGCGAGCUUCUCUUCCACAUUGGUUCCCAUGAAGAUGGCAUCACCACGGCGGCAGUCGGGCCUAAUGGACGACACGUUGUAGCCACCAUGGACAACGGCAGAAUCAACGUCUACAGUGUUGCGAGUCUCAUGCAGGAAAUAAACAAUUGUUCUAAAGUAGCAGACACCUCAGGUGCUGAUGCGAGCCAGGAUUUACCCAGCGUCCUGGUCAGGUCAGAGGUCGUUAAGAGACCAGUGAGGAGCUCAAGCAGGAAGUUACGUCGACCUGCUGCUGGGCGUGGAGCUGAGGAUAAAGAGUGGAACGAGCUGCCAGAUGGUCUGAACAAAGAGAGACUGGUUACUCUGCUCAAAGCUUUUGGAGAAUUUCCUGCUAAAUACAGGAUGUUUGUGUGGCAGUCUCUGCUCUGUCUCCCGGAGAAUUACGCAGCGUACAGCAGUCUGACGGAUAAAGGUCCACAUUCAGCCUUCCUCACGCUGCCAGAUAAAUAUCCCAUCAAAAGCUUCAAGCUGCAGAAGGGCCUGCAGAGGGUUUUAUCAGCCUUAGCCCAUUGGGCAGCCAUUCUUGGAGAGGUGGAGUAUCUUCCCCUGGUGGCCUUUCCUUUCGUCAAACUCUUCCCGAACAGUCCAUUGCUCUGCUUCGAGAUGGUGUCCACUGUCAUAGUGAACUGGUGCCAGCAUUGGUUUGAGUACUUCCCUAACCCUCCUCUGAACAUCCUGAGCAUGGCAGAAAAUGUCCUGGCUCAUCAUGAUGUGGAGCUUCUGCAGCACCUGGUCAACUGUGAAAUCACCUCACAGGUAGCAAAAAAAAACUGA